GCCAGACAAAGCAUCUGCCCGCAGGCUGCUUCCUUCCCUCUGGAGCUGAAGAUCUUUCCUCUUGCCGCUUCAGAAGAGGAGACAAGACGCUGGGAAACAGAACCACAAGCAAGAAAGUAACACGGCUGUGGCUGUGUGACAAGGAAAUCCCUUAAAAAUGAAAAAGUUCACGCUGUUCGAUUUUGUAAAUGAUAAUUCGCUACAAAUCGGAGAGACUUCAUGGAUUCAGGAUCUUCCCAAUGACGACAGAGAACUAGAAGGACUCCUGAAACCAAAUGAGCAGGUGCUAGUUAACUGGCCUGUGGGAGAAAGGAAGACAGAGAAACAUUUAGUAAAAGUAGUGUACAUGAGUGAUGACCCUCAAGAGCUAGUUGAGAUGAUGCAAAAGAUAUUGCGGGCAGAUGAAAUUACAAAAAUACAAGUUGUUGGAAAAGGCAAGAGGAAGAGGAUUGAGAUGAUAUUCUCAGAGAGUGAAGAUAGUGACCUGGACAAAGGGCAGGGGAAAAUGAUGAAGAGUAUAAAAAAGAAAUCAUUACAGGCCUCUGCCUCUGCCAACAUCCUGAGUCAACUUGAAACAUCUUUAAUUAACAAACAGAGAGAACCAUUUUCUGGAAAUGCUUUUCUGUACAGCGAAAGCAGCAGUGAUGAUGAGGAGCCCUUGUUUCAGUUGUCCAAAGUGGAACUAUGUGCCAAAAUAAAAAGUCUGAAAAGGAAACUGACAGACACUAUGAGAGAAAACUGUCGCCUACGGCAGUCACUGGUCAUGCUUCAAGUGUUGCCACAGGCAGUCACACAUUUUGAGGAACUGGUAGGUAUGGCUGAGGCCCUGCUCAAGGGGGGAGUGACCACAUCUGCCUCCAGUAUUCAUUCACACACAGUCUGGAAAGCAUCAAACAGUUCUUUAUCAGAUUCAUAUGCAACUAUCCACAGUAACUCCAAUUCACCGAUAGCAUUGAACAUGGAGGAAGAGGAGCAACAGCCUGAGAAACAGUUCAAGAUUGAAAAAUGGCAGAUUGCCCUUUGUAACAAGAGCAAGCCUCAAAAGUUUAUAAAUGAUUUGAUGCAAGCCCUUUAUACACACGAGUACAUGGCCACGCACAGUCUGACAGGUGCAAAAUCCUCCUCUUCAAAGGAUAAAGCAGCAAAACCAGCAAUGAAUCAGAAUGAAGUUCAGGAAAUCAUAGGAAUCACAAAACAGUUAUUUCCAAAUACAGAUGAUGCUUUAAUUCGGAGAAUGAUGGGGCAAAAGCUAAACAAUUGCACCAAGAAGCCAAUUUUAAGCAAAGAUCUUAAUUCAGUUGUUUUUCAGAAACAUAGCUUUUGUGGUUCGCCAGCUCCUCCUCCCAGUACUCAGGACACCACCACAUCGGCUCCUGUUUCCAGCGCACAAGAUCAGCAGGAUGACGACUCACCGGCUCCUCCCACACCAGUUGAGCAUGGUGACAGCUCUCUGGCUCCUCCUCCUCCCAGCACACAAGCUCAUCAAGGUGGUGUCACACCAACUUCUUCCAGCAUGGAGUCUCAAAGCAGAAACUCACUGGCUCCUGCUCCCAACCAGGGCUGCAGGCAGGAUUUCAGGAGCUCCGACAAGAAGUAAAAGUGGACCCUUCAUAGCGGUUCAGGCAGACACUGGAGGAUGGGGACAGUAGAAAAUGGGCAGGAAGAAGUGACACUUAAUAGUGUGUUCAGAACCUAGCAACAGUUGGCAAAGAUACUGGAAGAGGAAUAGAGGUCUGGGACCAAUUUUUUGAUUUGUAAUGAAAAUCCCACAGUGUAGAAGAAAAAUUCAAAAUGCGUCAAUAUCUUCAGAUUUAUGAUAUACAAUACAUGCAUGCCCUACUGUAGUUCAGAAUGGAUUAUAACUUGUUCCAAAAGAAUACAAAUGUUCUUUAUAACCAGAUAAUAGACACGCUAUUUAAGAUAAUGCCAAAAAUAAAACCACGAGGAGCUUCACAGCCCAGACCAAACACCCAUCUAUACAUUUGAGAGAGAGAUCUUUAGUCUUCCAGACAGAAGAAGGUUCUUUACUAUAAUCCGAGGGAUCCAGAGAGGUUUGAAACAAGGACAGACAGUGUUAGGAUGCAGAUAGUGUUAGCCUUCAGAGGGAUGGAAAAACAGGGACUCAAGGACCCAGAUCUACAGAGACUUAGGCACCUAAACCCCAAAGGGCUUCCCUUUCUUGAUCCAGGCCAAGGAUACUGUUGGGUCAGCAGGGAGUGCUUCUCUCAGGAGCUUCUGUUUUUGCCCUAAUAAAUAAAUAAAGGGAGUGGGGGAGAAGAGGGAGCUAAGGCUCACUUUUAUCUCUAAGGAGUUGGGAAGAGGCUCAGGUUUCUUUUGGCCUAGAAUUGCAUGGAGGACCUGGAGCAUCUUUUCUCCUCUGGAGAUAGUAGGGGUGUGGUUGCCAGUGUGUAAGCAUUUUGCCAGGGCAGUUCUCCAUAUUAGUCCCCAGAGGGUCCUAUAUGUGGUCUGGUGAAUUUUAGAUUAUUUCUUAGAAGAGUGAGAGAGGAAAGGCAAAUUACAGUAACCCGAAGGCAGAUAACAUCACCUGGCAGCACUCAGAGUCCUGUCUAAUUUGAAAAACUGUCCCUUAAACAAAGUUGUGUGUCUUUCUCCACUCCAUUUCCCACAGCUUCCCACUCCGUUUUACCUCAUAGGAGGAGGUGCAGGGGACAGACACUUGAUUCUGCUGGCUGAGGUCAUGAUCUCCUCUUCAGGCCUCCUUUCUGCCAGUGCCCUGGCUCUACGAAGUUUAGUUGAUUCACAAGUCCCAAAUAUCCCUUUUUUCACUGAACAUGAGGAGUCCCUUCCCUUUUUCUCCAGGGACUAGAAAGCAGGUUAUGAAGGGGGAGAGGGGCUCCUGCUCCUCCUGACCUGGAGGGCAGUUCUCUUGAGGAAGGGACUGUGGAGGACAAAGAUAGCAGCUGCUGCUGCCCAUGGUGCCUGACAUACCUCCUCUUGCUGGCUUGGAGAGACAGUAGGACAGGGUCUGACAGGAAGUAUGUUCCUGCUGUGGGUGCUGUAGCUCCUCGCUAAACAUGGUCCCUGCCUUUUAGAAUUGACCACCCCCUUUAGCCUGGUCCACUGAAUUACGAGUGUUCCACUGUGGCUGAUCAAAGAGAAGCAGCUGGCAGGCCAGUUUGACUUUGGAUAGGAUAGGGAGGGGUAGUAGGAUUGAGAGGGACCUCUGUCUUUGGAAACCUUAGAGACAGACUUUCCCCAUAAUUCUCUGCAGGAUUGUUGUUGACUCCUGGCUUCCCAAGAAAUCUGUUAGUGACAUAUGGGCCAGUGUAAGCUUGGGUGCAGGAAGCAUCUGAAAUAUUGCUUUUAAUUUUGAGCAUCUCAUUCCCAGAAAGAUAUUGACAAAUUGGAGGGAGUUCACAGAAGAGAAACAGUUAUUGAAGAACUCAUUUACAGUGGGAAAAAAACUAACAGAGCUCCAUAUUUUUUCCUGGCUAAGCAGUGACUAAGGAUCAGAGCAUGUAGUAAAUGUUAGGGUCUAAAUGUGGAGGCGAUAGAGACGUUAUUUAGAUUGGUUUAAGGGGAUAUAAAUAUAAGUAACAGGAUGAAGUGAAGAAAGAGAAUAUUUAGGGUGAAUGUCAAAAAAAAUGUCCUGACAGUAAGAUGUAAUAGGCUGUGAAAUGGGGUCUCCCAAGGAAAGUGCUGAAAGCCCAGUUUAUAUGACAAUGCACUAAUAAAUUCACUAUAAAGAAGAUUCUUGCAUAUGCAGGGGAAUGGACUAGGUGUUCUAAUAGGUCUUUUCCAUCUCUAACAUCUCUGGUUUUCCUUGUAGAUAAGUUUAAGAUGAAAGAAGAUAAAAGAACAUGCCAGAAGGCUCUGGCUCAUGGUGUUAACACCAUAGAUAAAAUAUAGGUGAAAGGAUGUUUUGCUACCGUGUAUAUAUUGUACAUAAACCUGUAUGUAUUGCAUUAUUAAUGUAUAUACUUAAUCAUAUU